UUGUACAGGGCCCUUUAAUGGUGACAGAAGCACUGAAGGCGUACCACGUAGGGCCGCGAGUUCAUUUCGUUAGCAACAUAGACGGUACUCACAUCGCAGAAACUUUAAAGAAACUGAAUCCAGAAACAACUCUGUUCAUAAUUGCAUCGAAAACGUUUACUACUCAAGAAACAAUAACAAACGCGACUUCAGCCAAACUGUGGCUGUUAGAGUCUAUGAAAAAUCCUGCAGCAGUCGCGUGUCACUUCGUUGCUCUGUCUACUAACAAUCAGAAAGUAAAAGAGUUCGGUAUUGACGAAAAGAACAUGUUUGGAUUUUGGGAUUGGGUCGGAGGACGUUAUUCACUGUGGUCAGCUAUCGGUUUAUCCAUUUGUCUAGCUAUCGGGUUUGACAAUUUCGAGAAAUUAUUGAACGGAGCAAAUUUUAUGGAUCAACACUUCUGCACUGCUCCAUUGGAAAAGAACGCGCCAGUUAUAUUAGCUUUACUGGGAGUAUGGUACCACAAUCUGUACAAAGCUGAG